AUGCUCAGCCCGGCACGAAUGGCCAUCAGACGGCUCGUUCCCAGCGAGGCCCGCUGCUUCACGCAGAGUGCAGCGGCCCCCAAGCUCGCCAUCAUAGACGACUACCUCAACACAUCAGCCGCGCACUUUGCGCACAUCCCGCCAUCCCAGCUCGAGGUGACCACGUUCAAUGACACGAUCCUGUCCCUGGACGACGCGUCCACGGAGCGCCUUGUCGAGCGUCUGAGUCCCUUCAACGCCAUCUCGAGCGUGCGCGAGCGCACCGCCUUCCCUGCGUCGCUGCUCGCCCGAUUGCCCAACCUCGAGCUCCUACUCACGACAGGCACCCAGUUCGAGGAGUUCGACCUGGCCGCGGCCCGCUCCCGCGGCGUCGUCGUCGCGUCCGCGCCCGGGCUGGGCCGCACCGACCACGCUGGUCCCCGCCGGCCCGACAUCCGGAGCGGCGGCUCGCACCCGACCACACAGCACACCUGGGCCCUCAUCCUCGCGCUGGCCCGCAACGUCGCCGCCGACGACGCGGCGUUUCGGCGGGCGGGCGGCGGUGCCCCGCCGUCGUGGCAGACGGGCCUCGCGACCGGGCUCACCGGCCUGACCAUCGGCGUCGUCGGCCUGGGCCGCCUGGGCGCCGCCGUGGCGCGCAUCGCCCACCUGGCCUGGGGCAUGCGCGUCGUCUGCUGGAGCGAGAACCUGACGCAGGCCAAGGCGGACGCCAAGGCGCUCGAGUUGGGGUUGUCGCCAGACGAGGGCGCCGGCGGGGGCAAGGUCUUCCGCGUCGUGGACAAGGCCGAGCUUUUCUCAUCGGCGGACGUGGUGACGCUGCACUACGUGCUCGGCCCGCGCUCGCGCGGCAUCGUGGGCUCGCACGAGCUCAGCGCCAUGAAGCCGACGGCGCUCCUGGUCAACACCUCAAGAGGACCCCUCGUGGACGAGGCCGCGCUCGUCGAGACCCUCGAGGAGGGCCGCAUCCAGGGCGCCGCGCUCGACGUCUACCCCGUCGAGCCGGUGCCGGCCGAGAGCCCUUGGCGGAGGCCCGGUUACUGGGGGCAGGACGGGCGGUCCAAGGUCCUGAACACGCCGCACAUGGGCUAUGUCGACACCGUGCUAAUGAACACCUGGUACGCCGAGACUGCGGAGAACGUUGAGCGCUGGCUGCAAGGAAAAGAGAUCCUUCAUCGGCUAGUCUGA